CCCGGUAAUAUCUGCUACAUAUGACUGCCGAAGAUACUAAUGAGCCUGAGAGCUAUAACACGAAUUAUGAAGAAUUUAAUAUACCAGACGCAGAAGAACUGGAAACAUUAUAUGUGAUGCUAGAGAAAGGAGCAAUUCCAGAAUUACAAUGGAAUUUCCCCGGUCGCCAGCAAAUUAGUACAGAGUCGGCCGGAACUUCACCGAAAGAGGAAUCUGCUACACCUACAAAUAUAGAAGAAGAACCGGUCGCUAAAAAUGACUUUGAUUUUAGCGACGAUGUAACGCAACCACAAAUGAGAGUUAGAAAUCAAAACUCUACACCAAAAUCAACUAAAAAGAAAGUAGCUAAUUUUGCCGGCGUCAUGGAGGUGCUGAAAAAGAAAAAUGCAGAAGGAUCUUCUUAAACAGCUUGAAGUAGAACUCCAAGGUCCAGUUGGCAUAAAGUUCUUACGACGUUUGCAUAUUCGAAAAGAUGAUUAUUAUUUCUGAGUAUAGUUUUUUCAUAGAAGGUAUUGCUAUUUAUAAUCAAGUGGAUGAUAGCGAUUUAGUAAUUUUUUUUUCACUUUAUGCAUAUAAAUAUAUGAGGCAAUUGGCGGUUUACCGCUGCUAAAGCAACAGCCGGUUCAGCUUCUUCUAAAUCUUCUAAUUGGUAUUCUUCUUGAUAACUUUUCUGCAAUUGAUAGGGAAUUUCAUUUUUCGACACCUCGGGUAACACCGAAACCUCGUUAAGAUCUUCGACACAAAUUAUUCAAUAAUUAACGAUUCGCAAGCUUAAUGAUUUCAAAUAUAGAUGUAGUUUCUAUUUUGCUGUGCAAGCGAUUUGAAACCGAAACUUUUCUAUUGGUUAUCGAAAAUUUGAAAUGUAGUAAAUAUCUGCGCAGCUUAGAAUUGGUUUGGGAACUUAGAGAGGCUCGAACUUUAUCAAAGUCGAAUGAUGGAUCAUAAUCCUUCAUAAUUCUCUACUUAAAAUGGUAUAAAAAAUUGUCUUAAGUCAGUCUUUCGAAUAACGGUUACUUGCCUUUUACUCAUGUAUAACUAUAUAGAAUUAUUUGGUUCUUAAAAAUUUUCAUUUUAUUUGAAGUAAAAUUCACAAAAGCUUAGAUAUGGCGUCCUUAAAAAUAGGUAUAUAAUAAUUAUAAUUAUGUAUGAGUUAUAAGUUCUCUGAUUAAUUUUUCUUAAAUAUUUAUGUACACGUGUGUAAAAAGAACAAAGUCUAAAGAAAUAAGACACAACAUUGCAAGUUUUUACUACAAUACAAAACUCAACAUAAUAAAUAAUUACAUAACACACAUUGUAGUUAGCCUAAAUAACUAUCUAAAAAGUUACAAUUAACAGUACACAAAUAUACAUGUUCGGCUACGCCGAAGUAGGGGUAUUCCCUAAAAAUACCGGAAAAUAUACUGCAGAUGUAUAAAGAUGA